AUGCCACAGUUUCCACCGCACCACCACCACCCGUGUGUGUCUCCUUCUCCUCGUCCUAGGCUCUUUCUGCUUCUUUUCUUGCUCGCUUCAACUUCCUCCGCCUUCCUCUUCCAGAUCUACUCUGUAACCCACGAAGAUGAAGAGUUGGCUGUGGUUGUAGAUCCAAACCUGAGCUUUGAGAACCCAAGGCUUCCCCAGGCCUACAUUGCUCUCCAAGCUUGGAAAUCAGCCAUCUUCUCAGACCCAUUCAACUUCAAAGCAACCUGGGAUGGGUCAGCCGUCUGCUACAUGGGAGCCUACUGUGCUCCAUCUCGUGCCAAUGCCUCCCUCACAGUGGCUGUUGGCAUUGACCUCAACCACGCUGAUAUUGCCGGCUACCUUCCACAGGAGCUCGGUCUCCUCGCAGAUCUCGCUCUCUUCCACCUCAACUCCAACCGUUUCUGCGGCGUUGUGCACAACACUUUGUGCCGCACACGAUCUCGACCUGAGCUGGCUGAGCAACAAUCGCUUCGUGGGCAAGUACCCGCCCUCAAGUUCUUGGAUCUUCGAUUCAACGAGUUCGAAGGCCCCGUGCCUUCCCAGCUCUUCGACAAGGAUCUGGAAGCCGGUCUCGGUCCCGGAGAAAGUUGGCAAAUGGUUCGGUUAGGAGGUCCGGUACCUUCUAAUCCAUCACCCACGUUGAAUAGGGGCUCAUCACGGGCAUUCACUGUUCCGUCGGGAUUCUGUCCACCAUCAUCAAAGUUGUCCUGGCCUGAAGCUCUCCAGAAGGAAAUAAUAUCAUUCGGGGCUCCAACGUUUCACUGGGCGAAGACCCGAAGUGCCGAGGAGUCCACAGGCUCCACAAGGUCAUUACCGGGACCUCUAGGAGUCCGUGGGCUUGAUGGAGACCAGUAG